CCGCCCGGCGCCGGGGCAGCUCCCACCGGAGGCGCUGGGGACAUGGAGCGGACCUGAGGCGGAGCCCGCACCGGCACCGGCGGCAGCACCGACACCGGGCCGGGACCGCCAGCACCGGCACCGGGAUCAGCACCGGCAGCACCGACACCGGGCCGGAACCGGCAGCACCGGGAGCGGGGCUCAGCGCAGCAGCGCAGCGGAGCCGAUGUCCAUGAGGAGCCCCGUGUCCCCACCCCCGGAGCUGGAUGGAGCGGGCGCCAUGGUGAACUGCGCCAUCAAGACGGAGGAGAAGAAGGAGGGCGGCCCCGAGACCCCGCCGGGGGCUGCCCCCGGUGCCGAGCCCCGGCCCCACGAGCCCCCGGGGCCACUGGCCAGGGAUGGCACCGACCCCCAGGCCCUGCCACAGGAAUCCUGCUCUCCCUCCAGGGACAUUCCCGAGCCCCGGCGCUCCGCCUUCGAGCCGGCUGGCAGCGGCCAGGAGAAGCUGGACUUCAACAGGAACCUGAAGGAAGUGAUGCCAACCAUCGAGAAGCUGCUGUCCAGUGACUGGAAGGAGCGGCUGCUGGGCCGGAACACGGCUGAAUCCAAGGAAGUGAAAGGAACCCAGGAGAGCCUGGCAGAGAAGGAGCUGCAGCUGCUGGUGAUGAUCAACCAGCUGUCCACGCUGCGGGACCAGCUGCUGACGGCGCACUCGGAGCAGAAGAACAUGGCCACCAUGCUCUUCGAGAAGCAGCAGCAGCAGAUGGAGCUGGCCCGGCAGCAGCAGGAGCAGAUCGCCAAGCAGCAGCAGCAGCUCAUCCAGCAGCAGCACAAAAUCAACCUCCUACAGCAGCAGAUCCAGCAGGUCAACAUGCCCUACGUGAUGAUCCCCGCCUUCACCCCCGGCCACCAGCCCCUCCCGGUCACCCCCGAGUCCCAGCUGGCGCUGCCCAUCCAGCCCAUCCCCUGCAAACCAGUGGAUUACCCGGUGCAGCUCCUGCACAGCCCCCCUCCUCCCACGCUGAAGAGACCCGCGGGCCCGGGCCACCUCCAGAUGCAGGAGACCUCGCAGCCACUGAACCUGACGGCCAAACCCAAAGGCUCCGAGCUCCCCAGUGCCUCCAGUUCGCCCAGUUUGAAGAUGAGCGGCUGCCAGUCGCUGCCGCCGGGCCACGGGGCCAGCAGGGAGCUGCAGAGCAGCCCGUCCAGCCUCCCUCUGGGAUUCCUGGGAGAGGGCGAUGCCAUCACCAAAGCCAUCCACGACGCGCGGCAGCUGCUGCACGGCCACGGUGCCGCCAUGGAGGGGUCACUCAGCAGCCCCUACCGCAAGGAGCACGUUGGGAUCGAUUCCUCCCCGGUGAAGGAGCGGAUGGAGGAGACCCCUGGCCACCGGCUGGACGAGGCUCUGCUGAGCUGCGAGAUGGACGGCUCCCGGCACUUCCCGGAGUCCAGGAACAACAACCACAUCAAGCGGCCCAUGAACGCCUUCAUGGUGUGGGCCAAGGACGAGAGGAGGAAGAUCCUGCAGGCCUUCCCGGACAUGCACAACUCCAGCAUCAGCAAGAUCCUGGGUGAGAUCCCGGGACAGGAUCCCCUCUGCAUCCCCUUGAGGGAUGGGAAUGAGAUCUUGGGAUGGGGAAUCUCCUCUAACAUCCCCCACAGCUGUCCCUGUGACCCCUCGCUGCCCUCUCAGUGCCCGUCCCCCGUGUCCCACAGGCCACAGGGCAGCCAGGUGCCCCCCAGCUCCUCGGACGUGCUGUACCCGCGGCCGGUGGGCGUCCAGCUGCCCCCGCCCCUCCUGGAGCAUUACCUGCCCCGCGGCGUGGACCCCACCAUGCCCGUCAUCGUCAACACCCGCAGCCUCAAGGACGGUGACACCGGGGACGACGGGCACUCGGUGGCCGAGGGGGACAUGUACCGCUACAGCGAGGACGAGGACUCGGAGGGCGAGGACAAGAGUGACGGCGAGCUGGUGGUGCUGACGGACUGAGGGGGCACAGGGAGGGCGGAGGGGGUGGCAGGUGCCACCACCAGGAGGGCGCGGCAUGUCCUGGCGGGAUGGGACUGAGCCACGGGAGAGCUGCCCGCCUCCACAGGGGGGUCCCACGAGGGUGGGCACCUGGAAUUUUGGGUGGCAAGGGCUGGCUUGGUCUUGCUUUGGUGGCGCGUGGAGCUGAGGCCACCGAGCCUGGAGAUUUGGUGACGCGGCUGCUGCGCUGUCACCCCUGAGGGGAUCUGGGGGUUCUCCCCAGAGCAUCUCCCAGCCCUGCAGCACCUGUGGGUCCCAGAGAGCUUCACCUGCACUGCUGGGCAUGGACUGGGGACACAGCUGGGGACACGGGAUGGGGACACGGGGUGGGGACACGGGAUGGGGACAUGGGAUGGGGACACGCUCGUCCCUCCUCUGUCCUGGUGUGACCUCCCUGCCGCGCUUCCCGCUCCAUCUUUGGAGCCUGCCAGUGAAUUCCCACAGAGCCAAUUUUAGCUCCAGCCUGGCCCCGGCUCCGGCCAAGGGCUCCUCAGGGCCCUUUGUGCUCCCGACAGCUCUGGCCCACUUUGGGAACAAAGCGGGGGCUGUUCCUGCCCUGCCAGCCCCCGCUCCGGGGGGACAUGCCCGGCUGUCCCCAGGCACCUGUCCCGGAAGCUCAGGCUCUACCUGAGCCCUGCAGGGUGAGAGAGAGGGAGGAAUAAUUUUGGGGGAAAAAGUGGAAUUCUUAGAAAAAAAUGACCUUUUAUCUAGAAAGGGUCAGAAACCCUUCUGGGGGGGGUUGGAGUGAGGUGUGGCUGAGUAUGAGGGGUGUCCAGGUGAGAGUUGGGGGUGUCCAGGUGAGAGUUGGGGGUGUCCAGGUGAGAGUUUUGGGGUGUCCAGGUGAG